CUCUUCCUAGAUGGGCACCCGUGAUGCCAUCUCCCCAGCCAAGGUCCUGGCUCCGGUGGCCGUGUACUGUGGGAGUGUCCCACGCUCCAGCGCCCGGCCCCGUGUGCUCCCAGACGGAAGCGUCGCCUCCGGCCUGCAAGUGUGUGGAGAAGCAUCCCUCCAGCCGACAACAAAUGUCCUGCUGGACAAGACUUCGCAGCUCUUGAAUGGACAUGGGGACCCUGAAAAUCUUAAGCUGGAUGCCCCCCUAAAAGGCUGGCAGGCCAGGAAUGGCCACCCCAGGGACCUUGGGAUCCCGUGUCUGGGGCCCCACCCCCUGAGGCCCCUCCCCCUUCUGGAGUCGGAAGCCAACAGUGUGGCCCGGGACACCAUCCAGAUCAAGGACAAGCUCAAGAAAAGGAGACUCUCAGAGGGCCUGGCAGCGUCCUCCCGAGCUUCUCUGGAUCCAGGGGGAGGCCCCAAAGGCGUUCCCCUGAGGAGCACCAUCCCCAGGGCCACCUCUCAGAGGCUGCUGAGGGUGCCCAGGCCAAUGCCUCCCAUCCAGAGCAUCCCCACUACUCCCGAGAGCAGUGGAGCCAAGGAGAAGGGCCUGGACCCACCUGAGAGUGGUCAGGGUCCCCAGGAGCUGCGACCCGGUGCCCAGGAGGUGCAGAUCUCUGGGCAAUACCUGCACUGCAAUGACGAAAAGAUGCACAAGUCAUUGGGGGGCAUUGUGAUCCCGCCAAUCCCAAAGGCUGGGGUCUCCUCCUGUGCCCCUGGCUCCCUUCCCAGCCUCUUGAUUCCGGGCCAGGACGUCCUCACGGGCCUGAGGGCCCCCUCCACACGAUUGGUUCGGGAGAGUGGGCCUCGGGAGAAGACCCCUAAAUCUCUGGAGCCCAAACCCUUGGCCCUGCCCGUCAGAGACAGGCCUGCCGCCUCCGAAAAGCCUGCCUUGCUUUCAUCUCAGUCUACUCCCUUGCUGUCAGCCUUCUCCUUCAACCUUGCCAAAGAAGCCCACCCCUUGGUGAAAGAAGAGGAUCAGAAGGAGAGUGGCGCCAAGAUCCAGGUCACCAUCUCCAAGUCUGCCCAGGAGAAGAUGCGGCUGAAGCAGAUGAAGGAGAUGGAGUUGUUCCGGAGGGCAAGGGAGCCGGAGAGAGAGAGGGAGCUCGCUUCCCAGAGCCUGGGCUCCCGGAGGACCCUGAUGAAGGAAGGCCUCCUCCCCCUCCGGGGCAGUGGGACCUUGUCUGUGCCCACGGGGAUGAGCAGCCCACGCAGAAACAACUCGGGCGUCAUCCUCAGGAGGCGGGCCAACCGGGCCUCGCUGCCCAGCAUCCCUGUCAGCAAGCAGGAGCCCAGCUUCGCUCGCCAUGCUUCAGCUAACUCGUUGCCUGCGGUACUCACGUUGGGGUCUCCUGAAUGGGAAGAAGAGGAGGAGGAGAUGGAUCUCAGAGCCUUUAAGGAGCUGAGGCCUUUCUCGAACCCAGAGCUGGGGCUGGUGGAUGCCCUCCAGUGCCUUGACAGCAGCGACUGGCAGAUGAAGGAGAAGGGCCUGGUGAGCAUCCAGCGCCUGGCAGCCUGCCACUCGGAGCUCCUCGCCGGGAGAUUGCACGACGUGUCCCUGGCCGUGACGGGGGAGGUCACCAACCUCCGCUCCAAAGUGUCCCGUCUGGCCAUCUGUAUCCUGGGGGACCUUUUCCGGGCCUUGAAGAGGAAUAUGGACCAGGAGGCUGAGGAGAUUGCGCGCUGCCUGCUACAGAAGAUGGGGAACACCAGCGAGUUCAUCCAGAGAGCAGCCAACCGGUCCCUGGCGGCCAUGGUGGAGCACGUGACCCCUGCACGCUCCCUGGUGGCCCUCGCCUCGGCGGGCGUCUAUCAUCGAAACCCCUCAGUCCGGAAAUGCACUGCUGAGCACCUGUCAGCUGUCCUCGAGCAGAUAGGCGCUGAGAAGCUUCUCUCUGGUACCAGGGACAGCACGGACAUGCUGAUACACAACCUGGUGAGGCUGGCCCAGGACUCCAACCAGGACACCAGGUUUUACGGCCGGAAGAUGGUGAAUAUCUUGAUGUCGAACGCGAAGUUUGAUGCCUUUCUGAAACAGUCCCUCCCAUCUCAUGACCUGCGGAAAGUCAUGGCAGCCAUCAAGCAGCGAGGAAUAGAAGAUAGUGAUGAACUUCCAUCUGCCAAAGGCCGCAAGGUGUCGAGGAGUCUGGUGUACGAGAACGGGCUGCCUGGCGAGCAUGGGCUCAGCUCCAAUGGCCCGAGGCUGAUGGGGCUGCGCUCCUCUACGCGGGGUGGCUUGGAGAUGGUAGAGCAGCUGCGGGAGUUGACGCAGCUGCUGGAGGCCAAGGAGUACCAGUCUCGGAUGGAUGGCGUGGGGCGGCUCCUUGAGCACUGCAAGGCCAAGCCAGAGCUCAUCACCACCAACCUGGUCCAGGUCUUUGAUGCUUUCACCCCAAGGCUUCAGGAUUCAAACAAGAAAGUGAACCAGUGGGCUCUGGAGUCCCUUGCCAAGAUGAUCCCCCUCCUCAAAGAGAGCUUACACCCCAUGCUGCUCUCCAUCAUCAUCGCAGUUGCAGACAACCUCAACUCCAAGAACGCAGGCAUCUAUGCCGCCGCGGUGACUGCGCUGGAUGCAAUGAUUGAGAGUCUGGACAACCUUUGCCUCCUGCAAGCACUUGCUGGGCGGGUACGUUUCCUGAGUGGCCGCGCGGUGCUGGAUGUCACAGAACGCCUGUCAGUGCUGGUGGCCUCGGUUUACCCCCGAAAACCCCAGGCGGUGGAGCGCCACGUCCUGCCCGUCCUCUGGUACUUCCUGCACCACGCGCUGGGCAACGGCGUGCUGCGCGGGCUGGGCGGCAGUGUCCGCCCGGUGGUGUGCCGGCUGGCCAGGAGCCUGCAGGAGCAGAUGGGCCCCCGGCUGCGGGACUUGGCCGCCGGCCAGCCAAAGCACGUCGUCAAAUCGCUCCAGGAACUCUUAGACGCCGAAGCCCCGUGA